GCGGCACUCUGUGCGCUGCGGAAGGAACGAUGGCUUUGGGAUCUUUUCUUCUCCUCGGGGGGCGGUUUUCUGUCAUUUCGGGACCGCUGGGAGGACGGGGCGCUAUGAGCGCGCUUCUGCACCCCGUGGGGGUGUGACUUCGAGCGACGGAAGGAACUGGGGCUGUUCGGUCUGGUCUGGGGAAGAGGAGGCUGAGGGGAGACCUCAUUGCUCUCUUCCAAUACCUGAAAGCUUUACGCCAAGAUUCCUCCGUGAGGUCUUCGCUAAGAAGAGCGAUCCGCUGGGACCGGUGUACGCUCAGCGCGACCCUUCUCUGCUCCUCUCCCCGCACACGAUGGGCGCAGUCCCGCACCUCCACGAUGCUAAGGAAGAAAAAGAGCGGCUGAGCCCUUCCCCGCCCCGAGAGGCGACGGUCCAGCCGGGAGAGGAAGAAGUCCGAGCGCAACGGGGCUCCGGAUGCAGUGAGCUGAGACAGAACAGGCGCCGCGUGCUCUGCGUGGCUUUGUGUGCAGUGCCGUGCAUCCUUGUUUUGGCGCUGGUGGCCGUGAUAGGUGAGUGCCCCCCGCAUCCCCACGGAGACGCACAGCCCCCAUCCCACCUCCUGGGCUGCCCACGUGGUGCCCCAAAGCACCUUCUGCUCCAACUCCCGGCCUCUGCAACCGCUCCGAGGGCAUCGCCCCGUGGCCGUGCAUCCCAACCCCACCUCAGCUGCAGGGGAACGUCCUUUGCCUCCCACUUGCCCAACUCUCUCCCUGUCAGUGCUCCAGCGUCCGUCGUGCUCACCUCGCCCACCCUUCUCCCACGUGUGCCCCAACGCCUGGGUCGGUUUCCAAGGGAAAUGCUAUUAUUUCUCGGACACGGAGAGCGAUUGGAACAGCAGCAGGGAGCACUGCCACCGCCUCGGAGCUUCCCUGGCUACCAUAGAGACGGAGGAGGAGAUGGGAUUCAUGCUGCAGUACCAGGGCCCGGAAGACCACUGGAUUGGGCUGCACAGGGCAGAAGGGGCCGAGCACUGGACAUGGGCCGAUGGCAGCACCUUCAGCAACUGGUUUGAGCUGCGAGGCGGAGGCCGAUGUGCGUACCUGAAUGGGGACGGGAUCAGCUCAGCCCUCUGCCACAAUGAGAAAUUCUGGGUGUGCAGCAGAGCCGACAGCUACGUCCGCUGGAGGAAAGGGACAAAUCUGCAGUGACGGAUCCCAUCCCAGGCAGCUCGUGCCAACGCUGCUGGGCCUUCCAUGCCAUCCGUGUGUACUGGAAUCUGCCUCUUUCCAGCACUGCUACAUUUGUGUUUACAUGGACUCAGCCAGCUGUGCUGCUCGCUGUCUCUCAGGAAACACAGCUGUUGCACUGUGCCUUAAAGGGGGUCCUUGGAGGGUCCUUACAGAUCACAGCCCCACGGGACGGUUGGGUGUGCAGCUGACGAUUCUGCACGGUUCUCUCCACUUACACUAUUACCGUCUUCGUUAUUGUUAUUACGAUUAUUGUUAUUGCAAGUCUGCAUUUAUUACCCUUCCUAUCAUUAUGUUCGGCAUUAUUUCCUUUACCGUUUCUACUCCCGUUUAUUAACAGUCCCUGCCACAAUUCCCCUCCUCUACUGCCCAACUCCCCAUUUCAUCACUACUUUUCGUUCUUGUCCCAUUAUUAGCAAUAUGAACGUCAUUACCGUUAUCAGUGCCUCGAUUCCCAUUAUCACCAUUUGCGUUUCCUAUUUUCGAUUAUUACCUCAUUAUUAAUAGCUGUAACAUUUCUCUCAUUUCCACCCCAAUUUUACCACUACGUUUAAUACUGUUUUUCCUCACACUAAUACUACUCAUGCCUUCCUGAUGGACUUUAUUAAGUGCCCUCCCCACAAUACCACCGUUUUAUUAUUACUUUAUGUAGUUCUGAUCAUUAUCUGAUUAUUAAUAAUAUUUCUCUUAUGAGUAUCCGCCCGGUUCACCCCAUUUUAUCACUGCAUGUCGCCGUUAUUCUUUACACUCUUACUAAUACACUUAUUUUUAUUGUUUAGUGCCCCCCCCCAUUAUCCCAUUAUCAUUUCUCCAUUUUUGAUGAUUAUCCCAUUAUUAAUGCUAUUUGAUGCCAUUAUCGUCCUUGUCCCUACAGCGUGGCAUUACAAACACAGUCAUCACA